UUAAUAUUGAAAAUAAACUGAGAAUUCUAGGAAUAUUCAACAUUUUACUAAAGUCAGUUUAUGUGAAGAUAAAGAGAAUUGAUUCUUUUAAAGAUAAAAAGUUCAUAAAUAUGUCACAAAUAACCGUGCCAAUUUUAAGAUGUCAAAUGCGAUUUACACUACGUCAAGCAUGCCGUACCCUUCAUAUUUCAAGGACGAAAUUAUCACAAAAGAAACAAAUUGAUACUUAUAAAGGCAAUCAACAAAUAACCACAGAUGUGAGACCAUUAAGUGAAAAAGUUAAAGACACAGCAAAAACUACAUCAUAUCUAGGUGUUAUACUAUUGGGGGUUGGUGUCACAGGCGCAAUGUUUUAUACUAUUUUUUCUGAAUUAUUUUCAAGUAACAGUCCAAAUAGUAUAUAUUCAAAAGCAUUAGAGAAAUGUAUUGCACAUCCAAAAGUACAAGAUUUGUUAGGCGAACCAAUCAAAGGAUUUGGUGAGGAAACUAGAAGAGGAAGACGUGGACAUGUUAGCCAUGUUACUUACAUUAAAAAUGGCGUGAAACACCUUAAAAUGGUUUUUUAUAUACAAGGAACUAGAAACAGAGCUACUGUACAUCUAGAAAUGGCAGAAAAUUCAGCUGGUUCUUAUGAAUGUCGAUAUUUGAUUGUCCAAUUGGAUGAUUACACAAAGCGAACUAUAACUAUCGAAAAUAAUCAACUGCAAAUCGACGAAACUUCGAAGACUGAAAAUAGUUUGUUGUUUUAGUUAAUAUUUAUUUGUGUAAACGAAGGUCUUAAGUGUGAUAAAAUUGUACAUUUGUUGUUAAGAAUUUU